AUGACAUCGUUAUAUGCUCCAAGUGCAGACGACGUAAUACAAAGGCUUCGUCCAUUUGGAUUCUUUUUUGAAAAGUCAUUGAAAGAUUUGAUAAGGGGAAUACGAUCACAUAAUGACACCCCAGAACAAUUGGAAUUAUUCCUAGAAGGUCAAUUAUCAGAAUGUAGACAAGAAGCCAAUUCCUCAAACAUGGAAAUGAAAACGAAUGCUAUAUUAAAACUUACUUAUCUAGAAAUGUAUGGUUAUGAUAUGUCAUGGUGUAAUUUCCAUAUAUUAGAAGUGAUGAGUAGUAAUAAACUACAACAGAAAAGGGUUGGAUAUUUAGCAGCAUCACAGUCAUUUCAUAAGGAUGCAGACGUCCUGAUGUUAGCUACAAAUUUAUUGAAAAAAGAUCUUAAAUAUGGUGGUAGUAAUGAUGUAUUCAAAGUGGGAAUUGCGUUAAGUGGUUUAUCUACAAUUGUUACUCCUGAACUAGCAAAGGAUAUAGUGGAUGAUCUGUUUUUAAUGCUAAACAGCUCCAAACCAUAUAUUAGAAAGAAGACGGUUACAGCUUUAUAUAAAGUGUUCUUGGAAUACCCUGAAGCUUUACAGAGUAAUUUUGAUAAUUUUACGUCGAAAUUAGAAGAUCCUGAUAAAUCAGUAGUGUCUGCUACCAUUAGUGUAGUAUGUGAAUUAUCCAAGAAAAAUCCGGCCCCCUUUAUCAAAUUAUCACCAUUAUUAUAUGAAAUACUAAUUGAUAUCAAUGAUAAUUGGAUCAUUAUUAGAUUAUUGAAACUAUUUACAAACUUAUCGAAAAUUGAGCCGAAAUUGAAAGGAAGAUUGUUGCCAAAGAUAGUAGAGUUGAUGGAUUCAACUAAUGCUGCCUCUGUGCUUUAUGAAUCUGUAAAUUGCAUUAUUUCGGGAAAUAUGCUUGACGAAAAUGAUUAUGAUGUUGCAUUCCAAUGUUUAGAAAUCUUGAACAGAUUUUGUAAUUCUCAAGACUCCAAUUUAAGAUAUAUUAGUUGUGUCUUAUUUUAUAAAAUUGGGAAAAUUAAUUCUAAUUUCAUAUCCCAAUACGAUGAGUUAAUUAUGAAAUUAAUAAGUGACAUUGAUAUCUCAAUUAGAUUAAAGGCUAUUGAACUAAUAGAAGGUAUUGUUUCUGAAGAUAACUUAAAGACAAUAGUAUCCACUUUAGUAAAACAAUUUGUGGGAGAUGAAGUUGCUAUCAUUGAAACCAACAGGGGAACUUCAAAGGAAAUACCGAUUGUAAUAUCGGACAAUUAUAAGAUUAAAAUUGUCAACGUGAUUCUAAAUAUUUGUGGAAUGGAUAAUUAUUCAAAUGUGGACAACUUUGAUUGGUAUAAUGCUGUGCUUUACGACCUUGCAAUAGUAUCGUUAGAUUUAAAUGAAGAUGACCUCGGAACAAAGAUCGGUAACCAAUUAAGAAAUCUGAUGAUCAGAGUUCCAGAUAUGAGACAUACUACUAUAGUGAAUAUAAUAAAAAUCACAUCUUUAGAUUCAGUUGAGGUUAGAUUACCAACGAUAUUGGAAAGCUGUAUAUGGUCACUAGGUGAAUAUGCAACAUACCUAGAAAAUGGGGAUGCCCUAAUAAAAUUAUUUAUCAAAAAAGGUUUACACAUGCCACAUUCGACACAAGAUGCGGUUAUUAUUGCUGUGGUAAAAUUAUUUAGUUCUUGGUGUACUAGAAACAGCGAUCAAAUUGAUUAUAUCAAAGAUAUUUUGGAACAAAUGGUUGAUUUUUUGACCCAAUUGAAUUUUUCAAAAUCUUUUGAAGUUCAAGAGAUGAGUAUUCAGAUGUCUGAAAUUUUGAAAUUAACUCUUGAAGCAUUAGAAGAACAAUCAGAUGAGAUUCCACUACUAUUAAGUGAUGUCUUACCUAGCUUUUUCAACACCUAUGAGUUAACACCGAUAUCUUUAGGAACUCAAAAACAAUUACCAAAGGGUAUAGACUUUGAUAUUGACCUUCCAUUUUUAAGUCAAGAAGAUCUGGACAACAUAUUAGAUGAUCAAGAAACAUUAGCUGAAGAAGAUAUGGAUAUAUACGACUCAGAUAGGUUCUCUUUAGUUAGUGAUGAUAAGAAUUAUGGACAUGAGGCAUCAUAUGAAGAUGGGAGUAGUGACGAAAGCGAAACCGACCAUUUUAAUGAUACAUAUAAGGAUUUUGACGAAGAAAAGUAUAACGAAGAACGUAAAAAAGAAACAUUAUCUAAUCCAUUUUACCUAGAUGAACCAACUGGAGAUGGGAAUCAUUACAAAUUCAGUGAUAUUUUAUCAACCGAUAAUGAGCAAAGAGAAAAAAGUUUAAAUGCUAUGGAGAUCAUAAAGGUAAAUGACAAUUCGCAUGGGAGUCAAAAGAUAAAUGAUAAGAAGAAAAAGAAGAAGAAGACCAAAAAAGUGAAAGUUCUCGCCGACCAAACUAUAGUAAUUCCAGGGGUCACAGAGGUCGAUGCAUCUAGUAAAAAUAAUAAAUCUCAAUCUCUACCUAACCCUAUCAGCUCAAAGAAAAUUAGUUUGAGGAUGCAUACUAAAUUAGAAGAUUUUAAUUUUGACGAACAAAACAAAAAUAACUCUGAUGAAGAUCAAGCUUUAGAACACCUAAGAUCAAAAUUCGAAGAACAAGACAUAAAUAAUGAUAACCCUAAUACCUCAAAUGAAGAUGAAGUUAUUGUUAUUAAAAAGAAGAAAAAGAAGAAGAAAUCUAAAUCAAAAGAGGAUGGAACAUCAAAAAAGAAGAAAAAGGAGCGUAAAUCAAAAGAGGGAAGUCUAGAAGCUACUCCCCAACUGUAG